AUGUCAUUCCCUCUUACUGAGGAACCACUGGUAAAUACUCCAUUUUCUUUGGACGUUCGGCUGACAGAUGGAAAAGAAUUUUGGACGGGAAAGCUUGAAAUUAGAGGGAAUGAAACAUGGAAACCUGUUUGUGAUAACUCGUGGAGUAUACGAGAUUCUAAGACUGCCUGUCUUUCAAUGGGUUUCUCCGAUGUUAUACAACAUGAUUCGAUAGAAUCAAAACGUAUUAUCUUGGAUGAUGUCUCAUGUACUGGUGACGAGGAUAAUAUCUUAGAUUGUGCACAUCGGCCAUUGUUUAAACAUGACUGUGUUCAUCAUGAAGAUGCGGGCGUAACGUGCAGUCAUGGCUCAGAUUUACCUGAACCACCCAUUCCUCUUAGCUCAACAAUACGACUUGAAGAUGGCAAGGUAUUCUGGGAAGGACGUGUGGAGAUAUUUUACGAUGGCUCAUGGAGUACUGUCUGUGAUGAUUACUGGGGUUCUUCAGAAGCUGAGGUUGUAUGUAGGAUGCUUGGUUAUAACGAUUCAUCCACUGCUAUCCCUCAUCUUCGAAACGAAUUUCCGGAUGUCACGACCACCAUUCAGAAGGACGACCUACGAUGUGGGGUUAUGACUGAAACCUUGAUAGAAGAUUGCAUCUUUCUACCAGCAACCACUUCAUGUUACGAUCAAGUUACCGUCCAAUGCAAACCAUAUUCCACAGAAGAGGAUCUUCGAUUGGUUGAGGCCUCCCAUCCUUGGCAAGGAACUGUUGAGAGUCGAUGGAAUGAUACUUGGUAUCCAAUCUGUGACGAUGGAUGGGAUGUAUUGGCAGGAGAGGUGGUAUGUCGAGUGCUUGGAUUCGAGGCAGUUGAUCAAGUAUUCAUUGGUCAAUCCAGCAGUAAUACCCGUCCCUUUCUUCUUGAUGACAUUACGUGUGAUGGAUCGGAGACUGGUAUCAUGGAUUGUGGUCAUGGACAACUACUGGAACAUGACUGUUCACAAGAAGAACAUGCUGGGUUGUUGUGUUUACCAGAUGUACGUCUAAUUGGAGAGGAGUACUCAUCGAGUGGAAUCGUAGAAGUAUACUAUAAUAACUCUUGGGAAACGUUAUGCAUGUCAUCUGAUGAUCAAGACUUGGCUUACACCAUAUGUCAUACUCUUGGAUACAGCUCAUUCACCUUAACAGAGAUAGACCUUGAUAAAAAGGUUCAUGAUUUCUCAUUACUACGGUUCACCUGCGACAAGUUCAACUCGAUCACAGAUUGCUAUCGAUACCUAGUCUCAGAUUCUGAGGAAGCAAGAACAUGUUCUGAUGCUGAGCGAGUAGUAGGGGUGAACUGUAAACCACUUGAUCCUUGCGAGGAAAGGCAAUGUCCCGGUAGCAGUAUCUGCGUGGAAACUGGUGCUGACACGACAUGGGAAUGUUUAAUACAGUGUGUUUAUGUACCACUAGCUCAUUGUCUUUAUGAGGAUAUCGAAGAUGAGUGUGCAUGGGAUGGAGGCUACAUCUAUCAAACCAAAGAAUUUCAGUUCAGUAAUCCCAUUUAA